UUCCCCAGAGCAUCACAGGACAAGAUUCAGGCGCGACUUCUGCCACUUUGUAACAAGGAUGGCUUUUCCUGUGUCCAUGUUCACCUAAGAUUGCAUCAGGAUGGCUUUAUUGUCUGUAUCCUUACCAACAUUCUGGUGGGCACCUGACUCAUCUGCAGGGAGUCCCUACUUUCCCUACAGCUCUCCUCCUGCUGAACCUGGCUCACGUCCGGUGUGGGCGAGGGAAUGGGCACCCACCGGAGGGAUGGGCUGGCUGUGAGAUAAAAGCUGUGAAGGUAAUGUGUCAGGAUUAAAGACAAAAGGCGAGGAUAUUUUUAAAGCAGGGGCGUGACCAGUUGAGUGGACCAGAGGGGUCUGGCUUCUAAUAAAGAAGAAGCUCACACUUGCUUUAUUUAUCGCGGUACAGAUCAAGGGACGGGUAAGUGUAAAGUUUCUGUGGGGGAGGAGUCUUGAUUAGGGGCUUGCUGCCCGUGUGCCAGGGGUCUUGCAGUAGACAGGUUAUUUGGCAUUUGGUGGGCUAUGCCCAUCUCUGGGAGGCUGUUUGAUCCUAAGGCUGUGAGCUAAGAUGGGGCCAGCUUGAUCCAGGCGUCCGGGGAGUUACACCCAGGAGUUCCUGAAAGAGUGGCCUCUCUGCCUUAAUGGCUUGAGCAAACCAUGGUUUAUGCACACAUGGCCCCCAACACCCGAGUCCCCUCGAGAACGCCUGUUACGGUUUAGCCUCCCCAUUACCCAGUUCCCAAGCUGCUUCCCAGUUUUAGGUAUUGCUACAGCAACAGCGCACCCCGUAUCAAUUUCUGUUCAUUGCCAAUUACCCAGUCUCAGGUGUUUUGUUAUGACAGCACAAACAAGUGAAGACACCCACUCCCGUGUGGCCAUUGGGACUGGACCUGAGACCAGGCCUGAGUGUCCUGCUCAGCCCUCCUGCUCAUGCGUCCUUCUUAACUACACAGAAGCCAGCGAGAGCGGAUGGUGGGAGCCCAAGUCCAGAGCAGCUGCUUGGGUGAAAGGCAGUCCCACCACCGUUCCCAUGAGGCCUGGAGGGAGUUCCUAGUUACCCUGAGUCUGGGGAGAGCACUUUAAAAUGAGGCUAAUACUCCGCGGUUCUUUCGCGUUCUUGUACCACAGGCUUGGAGAGCCAGCUCAGGACCUGGCACGCUGAAGGGGCCCCAUCCAGGGCAGCCCUUAGGAGCAUACAGGAGGGGGGGGGGGCUCUGGCCUUCCAGGGUCCAGAGUUCACAAAGUGGAGCGGAAGGGCCUGGUUGGGUGCAGUUUGGAUAAGAUCUCUUCAGUCAUGAGGUAGGCAAGCUGGGGGAGCUUUGAGAUGGCCCCUUUUCAGAGAGGGAGUGGGCUCAGAGAAGCUGAGACUUGGCCGAGGAUACCCAGGCCUGUUCUGUAGGACGUGGCUGCACGUGGAGCGCUCUCACCUGAAGACGGCAGAAGUCCCACUUGGAAUGAAACCCAACAGGAACACCGACGUCCCCAGCCCAGUCCUGACCUCGGCAGCCUCCCCAGGGCUGUGGACUCAUUCCUUAUUUGCCUUCGCACCUUCCUGGCCCAAGAGGAACCUCUUUAAAAGAGAGUCUGCUGUAACGCCCCACCUGUAUGGAGAUAUUUCAAGACAAGUUCAAGGGACUUCCGAGAAUGGAGUAAUUUUUCAGAAAUGUGCGCUGGUGUCGGGGCAGAGUGAAUCACAGACAGUGCUCAUUCACCUGUUCGUGAACAACACCAAGACGCCCUGGUCAGCCAACCUCUCAGAACUGCUCGUGCUGGAUGACAUCACAGGCCUCACCCUCAGGGAGUCGGUCGGGAACAAGACCCAGGAUGGAUUCCAGGCUUUCAGAAAGAAGUUUCUGCAAGUUGGAGACUCCUACUGGGUGACCUACACGGCCUCGCUGGACUCGGAAGCAGUGGGGACGGGAGAGAGGCUGACCCUUCCUGCCCAGCUCACCUUUCAGAGCUCCUCACCGAACAGGACACAGCUGAAAGCCCUUCUUACCAUAACAGCAGAAGAGAAGGUAACGGUUCUACCCAACCAUGGUCUCCAUGCAGCGGCCUUCUUCACUGCCUUCCUGGUCUCCCUGGCACUGAGCUGGACGGUACUCUUCUUCUUCACGCGAUACCAGUGUCUGCAGGGAGGUGUGCUGGCCAGACGUGGGGUUCAGCGAGCCGAGAGCAAGUUGGAGCCCUCGCCUUUCACCUCGGCGGGCGGAGUGAAUGAGGACCUUUCCCUCAAUGACCAGAUGGUGGACAUCCUGACUUCCGAGGACCCCGGGAGCAUGCUGCAGGCCUUAGAGGAGCUGGAGAUCGCAACCCUGAACCAGGCAGAUGCAGAUCUGGAGGCCUGUCGCACCCAAAUCAGCAAGGACAUCAUUGCCCUUCUGCUGAGGAGUCUGACCAGUGGCGGCCACCUUUCCCCCCAGGCGGAGAGAAGGAUGGUUCUUGUUUUCAGAAAGCAGUUUCUACUCCUGGAAAAGGAAGUACAAGAGGAGUAUGACCGGAAGAUGUUGGCCUUGACAGCUGAGUGUGACCUGGAAACUAAAAAGAAGACAGAAAACCAGUAUCAGAGGGAGAUGUUGGAGACGGAGGAAGUAGAGGAGUUGCUGAAGCGUGUGAGCGAGCGGUCUGCUGCCGAGUGCCGGGGCCUGCUGCGGACCCUCCACGGCCUGGAGCAGGAGCACGUGAGGAGCGCCCUGGCUUUGCACCAGGAGGAGGACUUCGCGCAGGCCCACAGGCAGCUGGCCAUUUUCCAGAGAAACGAGUUGCACAGUAUCUUUUUUGCCCAGAUAAAAAGUGCUAUUUUGAAAGGGGACCUGAAGCCAGAGGCCGCUAAAAUGCUGCUUCAAGAUUAUUCUAAACUGCAGGAGAAUGUGGAAGAGCUGAUGGAUUUCUUCCAGGCUACUAAGAGGUAUCAUCUAAGUAAAAGGUUUGGCCACAGGGAGUACCUGGUUCAGAACCUGCAGUGCAUGGAGACCCGAGUGCAAGGCCUUCUGAGCACCGCAGCUGCGCAGCUGACCCAGCUCAUCCAGAAACAUGAGAGGGCGGGGUACCUGGACGAAGACCAGAUGGAAGUGCUCCUGGAGCGGGCUCAGACGGAAGUCUUUUCUAUAAAACAGAAGUUGGAAAACGACUUAAAGCAGGAAAAGAAAAAGCUCCACCAAAAGUUGGUGACCAAGAGAAGGCGAGAGUUGCUUCAGAAGCACAAGGAGCAGCGGAGACAGCAGCUGUCCACCGGAGAAGCCCUCCGGGCUGCUGAAGACGCCGGCCAGUACCUGGGCCAGUGGAGGAGCAUGGCGGCCGAGCACAGCGCCGCCCUGGAGGAGCUGCAGGAGGGCCUGGACCAGGCCGCCCUGGACGACCUGCGGGCCCUGACCCUGGCACUGUCGGAGAAGGCCACCGAGGCGCUGCGGCGCCUGCAGAGCUCGGGGAUGACGCAGGAGCUGCUCAAGCGCAGCGUGCCCUGGCUCUUCCUGCAGCAGAUCCUGGAGGAGCACGGCCAGGAGUCGGCCGCCCGCGCCGCGCAGCUGGAGGCCGAGGAGAGGGAGCGGGGCCAGGAGGGUGUCCGGAGCGUGAGGCAGAGGCUGCAGGAGGACGCCCCGGAGGCCUGGGUGGAGGAGCAGGCGGAGCUGAGGUGCUGGGAGCGCCUGAUCUUCCUGCGGCUCUGCUGCUCGGCCUUCUCACUGUCUGAAGAGGAGCUGCUCAGGAUGAGGCAGGAGGUCCACGGCUGCUUCGCCCAGAUGGACAGGAGCUUGGCCCUACCCAAAAUCCGAGCCCGAGUCCUGCUGCAGAGAUUCCAGACCUCCUGGCGGGAAGCAGAGGUCCUGAAGCUGGACCAGGCCCUGGCUGCACCCGAGCUGCAGUCCAAGGCAAGGAAGCCGCGGUCCAAGAGUAAAAGCAAGGUAGACCUUUUGAAGAAGUGCAUUGAAGACAAGAUUCGCCUCUUUGAGGAACAGGCUCCUGAGGACCUGCUAGAAAAGGUGCGAGGGGAGCUGCUGCGGGAGAGGGUGCAGCGGCUGGAGGCCCAGGAGGGACGCUUCGCGGAGUCGCUGGUUGCUGUGCAGUUCCAGAAGGCGGCGCGGGCCGCCGAGACCCUGUCGGCCUUCACCGCCCUGCUCAGCAUCCAAGGUCUGCUGCUGGAGGAGCUGAGGGAGUCGGAGACACUGAGCCAGGCGGCUUGCGGCCAGAUCCUGCAGUCCCACAGCCCGGAGCUGCAGGACCUGGACAGGAGGCUGGAGGACCAAGUGGCCCAGCAGGAGGCAGCCCAGCAGCAGCAGGCCCUGGCCAGCUGGCAGCACUGGGUGGCUGGGGGGCCUGGGCUCCUGAGCGAGCCUGGGGAGGAGGACUCUGAAAGGCCCGUCUCCGCCGUCCUGCAGCAGGCCCUGGGCAAGGGCCAGAAGUUACUGGAUCUCCACCAGCAAAGUUGGAGACAAGAGCAGCAGGACAGCGCUGUGCUGGAGGAUCUGCUGGAGAACAUGGAGACGGACACCUUCAUGACCCUGUGCGGCCAGGAGCUGAGGCUGGCGUCGUACCUCUGCAAGAUGGCGAUGGUGCCCGGGGCCACGCUGUGCCGCCUCCUGAGUGUGCUGCUGCCCGCGGGCUCCCAGCCCCAGCUGCUGGCCCUGCUGGAUUCGGUCAGUGAGAAGCACUCGGACCGUGCAGCAGACCACGAGGGCAGGGAGCAGGCCGACCCUGGCAGGAGGAGGAAACACCAGGCCUGGUGGCAAGCCCUGGAGAGGAAGCUGCGAGGUGGUCUGAUGGCCAGGGGCCUGGAGAAGGUGCGCUGGGCCCAACAGAGGAAGGCGAGCAUAUUAAAGAAGACGUAUGUCCCCAUCAGGGAGAGGAUGGCAUUCUGCGGAGAAGGCUGGCCGCACCUGUCCUUGGAGACCAUUGGCGAACCGGCCCCUGUCCCCAUCCUAGGUGCUGAAGCCCUCGACGUGUUAAACACAGGCGAAAAGCUCUUCAUAUUCAGAAACCCCAAGGACCCGGACAUCUCUCUGCACAUCCCUCCCAGGAGGAAGAAGAACUUCCUGAACGCCAAGAAGGCCAGCAGGGCCCUGGGCUUGGACUAGGGGAGGCCCAUGUGUGCUGCUGUCUAAUGCUUAGCGUGCAGCGUAUCCGUUCCCACGCGGAAGACACGGGUCCCCUGCACACCCUGGCCUCAGUGACGAUUCAGCGUGGUCUCAUGGGUUUCCAUUUGGCCUGCUCUCUUCCGCACCAUGAGGAUGUGGACACUCCUUUCUUUUGGUCCCGAGUCACCAGGGACCUGGAGGACACUCUGCCCCAGCUCGCACCUCUGUGCCCGGCUGUGUGAGGACGGGCCUCGCUGUUCUCCUGUUUUGUGUUUGCUACAUAUUCUGGUUUUAUAAAGGGAACUUUUGAAAAUAAAUAUAUUUUACACAGA